AUGGCUUUGAGUUGCAUGUUAGCUCAGCUCGAUGAUUCAGGGAAGGAGCGAGCCAUUUAUUAUUUGAGUAAGAGGAUGCUAGAAUAUGAGUGCAGAUAUAUUAUGAUUGAGCGCCUCUGUUUGACAUUGGUUUGGGCCACCAGGAGACUGAGACACUAUGUGACAAAGUAUUCUAUAUUAUUGGUCUCACGAUUGGAUCCACUGAGAUAUUUAUUUGACAGGCCUGUUCUGACUAGCAGGCUCAUGAGAUGGUUGGUGCUGCUUACAGAGUUUGAUAUUCGAUAUGUCAUGCAGAAAUCAGUGAAGGGAAGUAUUGUUGCAGAUCAUUUGGCCUCUUUGCCAGUAUUCGAUGACAGACCGAUUGACGACGAUUUCCUAGAUGAGCAGUUUGUUUCAAUGACUAGUAUUGCAGGAUGGUGGUUGUACUUUGAUGGUGCCGCCAAUCAGUCAGGGUUUGGCAUUGGUAUCCUAUUGAUAUCACCACAGGGCGAUCAUAUUCCCAGAUUAGUUCGGUUGACUUUUUCUGAUCAUCACCGGCUGACGAAUAAUAUUGUUGAGUAUGAGGCAUGCAUUAUAGGUCUAGAGAUUGCACUAGAUCUUGGAGUUAGACAGUUGGAGAUCCAUGGGGAUUCCAACUUGGUUAUUCAGCAAACUCAGGGUAUUUGGAGGACUCAAGAUGAGAAGCUAAAGCCUUAUCUUGCAUAUAUGGAUUUAUUGGUUGAUAGGUUUGAUGAGUUGAGAUAUAUACACCUACCCAGAGCAGAGAAUCAGUUUGUUGAUGCUUUAGCCACUUUGGCUUAUGUGAUUGAGAUCCCUACGAGGGUGACUGUGCGACCAUUAUUGAUUGAGACUAGGUCUGCACCAGCUUACUGUUGUCUGAUUGGAGAUAUUGAGGAUCAGGAUGAGCUACCGUGGUAUCAUGACAUUUAUCAGUUUCUGGCAUGUGGCACACAUCCUGAGGCUUCUACAGCCAAGGCCAGGAGAGCAUUGAGGCAGUUGGCCACCAGAUUUGUCAUUUUCGGGGAUGCACUUUAUAGGAGAUCGCCCGAUGGCCUAUUAUUUUUAUGUCUAGACCGCGCCUCUACAGAUAGAGUGAUGAGAGAGGUCCAUGCAAGAGUAUGUGGCCCACACAUGGGAGGACACAUGCUAGCCCGCAAGAUUAUGAGGACUGGCUACUUUUGGUUGACCAUGGAGACAAAUUGUUUCCAGUUUGUACAGAGAUGUCCAGAGUGUAAGAUGCACAAUGAUCUCAUUCAUGUGCCACCUUCGGAGUUGCAUGCACUCACAUCCCCUUGGCCAUUUUUAGUAUGGGAGAAGCUCCCCUUCGCAUUAUGGGCUUAUCAUACAUCUUUUCGUACUUCUACUGGGGUUACCCUGUAUUCUUUGGUGUAUGGUAUGGAGGCAAUGCUGCCUGUUGAGAUUGAGAUGGGAUCCUUGAGAGUAGAACUAGAGCAACAGAUAUCUGAGGCCGAGUGGGCCUAG